AGGGGAGCGGAGCGGCCGGGCGGGGAGGCGGAGGGACGGGGCGCACCCGCCCCAGCCGCCCCACAGCCACCGUUCUCCUCCCGGCCGGCGGCAGCUCCCGGCGCCCUGAGCCGGCCUCUCUCUUCCCUCCGGCAUGUUUUAAGGCCGGCCCUAGCCGCUCUCCUUUGGGCUUUCCUUCCAGCCGCCCCACCGCCGUCGGGUCCCCGUUCCCCCCGCCCUCGGGCCGUGCGCUUCCCCCCUCGAAGGGCCGGCGGCUGGGGGGGGAGCGGGGGCGGUGGGCGCCGGGGGGGCGAGGGCAGAAAAGCCCCCGCUCGGCACCAUGGCGUCCAGCUAUGCCCACGCCAUGGAGAGGCAGGCCCUGCUGCCAGCCCGCCUCGACGGCCCCGCCGGCCUGGACAAUUUACAAGCCAAGAAGAACUUUUCCGUGAGUCACCUGCUGGACCUGGAGGAGGCGGGCGACAUGGUGGCCGCGCAGGGGGACGAGGGCGGCGGCGAGCCCGGCCGGAGCUUGUUGGAGUCCCCCGGGCUGACCAGCGGCAGCGACACUCCGCAGCAGGACAAUGAUCAGCUGAAUUCAGAAGAGAAGAAGAAAAGAAAGCAGAGAAGGAACAGGACUACCUUCAACAGCAGCCAGCUCCAGGCACUAGAGAGGGUCUUUGAGAGGACACACUACCCUGAUGCUUUUGUACGGGAAGACCUUGCACGCAGAGUCAACCUCACUGAAGCCAGAGUUCAGGUGUGGUUCCAGAACCGGAGAGCCAAGUUUCGCCGGAAUGAGAGGGCCAUGCUGGCCAGCAAGAAUGCUUCUCUGCUCAAAUCCUACUCAGGGGACGUGACCGCCGUGGAGCAGCCCAUAGUACCUCGCCCAGCUCCAAGACCCACCGACUAUCUCUCCUGGGGUACCGCCUCGCCUUACAGUGCCAUGGCCACCUACUCCACCACGUGUACCAACGCCAGCCCGGCGCAGGGCAUGAAUAUGGCCAACAGUAUUGCCAACCUGAGACUGAAGGCAAAAGAAUAUAGUUUACAGAGGAAUCAAGUGCCCACAGUCAAUUAAUGACUGGAGGCAGCUGCUUCGCAGAAGGAGAAAAUACGACAGCACCCGUCCUGCUUCGCAACUUCUGUGCUGAAAUAAAAA